GCCGGGAGCCUCUGUGCCGGCGGCAGAAGCAACAAAGCCUGCGGGUCGUCGUUGUGGUCGUACUGCUCGUCAUUCUUAGUUGAGACCCCGAGGGAGAUUACCAGGGCCUGGCAGGCUCGGAAAUCAACGCUCGAAGAUGCGGCUGUUUCUCCUGCUGCUGCUUGUAGCUCUUGCAGUGGGUGCUUAUCAAAAGGCUGACCAGAAUGGGAGACACGACCAAGACAUUCUAGACUUGACAGCAGAGGACACAGCUCUUGACAGGCGCGAGAGGCAGGUCAAACCGGAUAAACGAAACACGGCGAAAGAGCAGACCAACAAGGAAGACAAUAGCCUGAAGUUAAAUGUGAAGAGAACUAAAUACACGAUGGACGGAAAUGGUGACAAUAAAAGCGAAAGGGGGAAGAAAGAGAGACCACCAAAACAAGUGGAAAUGAUAGAUAAAAUCAAGAAAAUGCACAAUAAAAAUCGAGAAGAAUCAGAGCCGAAAGAAAAGAGGAAAAAGGCACAAAGACAAGAAUCAAGAGCCAAGAAACGUAAGCAACAAAAGAGAAGGCAGAGAGGACAGCAAAAUGAUAGGAAAGAGGACAGGAAGAAUAAGGGGGAUAGAAAACACUCGGGAAAUAAGAAUACGAAGAAAGACAAGAAAGAAAAUAAAGACAAGGGAGAAAAGGACGAUGGAAAUAAGAACGGGAAUGGCAGGGGAACGAAAAAGCAAGGCAAGAAAUAUAAUAAAGGCAACGAGAAACGAGGGCAAAAUCGAGACAGGGAUAGGAGCAGAAAAGAGGAAAACCGAGACAAGGAUAGGAGCAGAAAAGAGGAAAAACGAGACAGAGAUAGGAGCAGAAAAGAGGGACAUCAAGGCGAAGAAAGGAACAGAAAAGACAAAAAUCAAGGCAAGGGUAGGAGCAGACAAGAGGAAAAACGAGACAAGGAUAGGAGCAGAAAAGGAGAAAAUCAAGACAAGCAGAAGGGCAGAAAACGACAAAACCAAGACAAGUUUAACGCGAAACGAACAAAACAACAAAAGGAAGUAAGCGAAGGGAGGCAAGGAAAGGCCACCGAGGAGGAAAAGGAAGUCAAGCCAAGCAGCCGAUCUGAAACGAACAUUAUCAAGGGCCGAAACCUUCAUAACGGAAAGGACAAGAACUCUGAGAAAAUCAACCGACCACAAAGUGCUUCCAAAAACAUUGCAAGAAACACGGGGAAUAUUGAAAUUCAAGACGUAUGUGCGGGGAAAAUCGUCCUGGGAUACGGGGAAUCUGUUGUUAUCUAUACUAACAAUGACCGCCAGAAGGAGAAAUGCAAAAAUAAGAUAAAAACUCCUGAAGGCUCCGAGAUCGGUUUCUUCUGUCCAUUCUUUAAUCUGAACAGCAAAGGGUGUAAGAGGGAACAACUGAAGUUCCGCGGCAAAGUCAACGGCAAGAAGCAAAAUAAAAAGUACUGCAAACUAGACGCCCCAGAUGGCGUCAUAAUCUCCACUAAUAAGCUGAGUAUGGAAUUCAGACGAAAGCAAUUUAAGUCAGAUGAGUUCUCUGGCGGAUUCUUAUGUGAGAUCUACACUGUAGGAGAUGCUCCAACAAUUGCUCCAUCAACUACAGCUUCUCUCCUCCACCACAACUACUUCCUCCGUCACCAACCACAGCUCCUCCAUCACCAACCACAGCCCCUCCGUCACCAACCACAGCCCCUCCGUCACCAACCACAGCCCCUCCGUCACCAACCACAGCUCCUCACCAACCACGCACAAGCUCCUCCAUCACCAACCACAGCUCCUCCAUCACCAACCACAACUCCUCCAUCACCAACCACAGCUCCUCCACCUCCAGGAACCACCACCUGCAGUAUCACUAGAGAAUACUGUGAUGGCUGCGGGGUAGCACCAAUUUCCGUUGGGAACACAAGGAUUGUCAACGGAACGGCGGCGUCAGUGGGCGAGUACCCUUACCAAGUGGCGGUUCUAUCCACCAUCGCCGGCAGACAGUAUCAGUGUGGGGGUUCAAUCAUCAAGGAAAGAUGGAUUCUUACUGCUGCCCAUUGCUUUUACGACCUAAGCAACAACAAGGCGACGAGUGUCGACAUUAUCUACGGCACAAUCGAUAUCAACGGAGGUGCUGGGACAACGGUUACGGCUUCGAGGUUCAUCGACCAUCCGGGAUACGACUCGAGUACCUAUGCCAACGACAUCGCACUGGUAGAGCUGCCGCAACCUCUGAAUUAUGCGACCGACGCCAAUAUCCAACCGAUCUGCUUGGGACAGGAAGAGGACAUACCCUUCGGAGGCAAGGCGGUGGCGUCGGGAUGGGGAGCCCUGUCGUUUGGUGGGUCAUCACCUGACAUCCUGCAGGAAGUAGAGUUAGAUAUCAUCACAAUAAAUGAGUGUCAGCAGAAGGUUUCUUUACCGCCAGACACAAACUCGGUUGUAUGUGCUCUGACUCUCUAUAAGGAUACCUGUCAGGGUGACAGCGGUGGUCCUCUUGUUGCGAAACUUUGUGACGGCACCUGGGCUCAAAUCGGAAUUGUCAGCUAUGGUUUCCAGUGUGCCGUCCCUGACAACCCUGGUGUGUACACCCGUGUGUCUGCUUUCGCUAGCUGGAUCUCAGAUAACACUGGAGGUAGCAGCUGUAGUUCUACCCUAACACUUAGCGCAGAGCUUGACAACCGUGCAAAAGAGAGGGAAGCAGUGAACGAAGCGAAAAAUGAUCUAGAUGGGCUAGAAGGACUACAGUGCUGGAAGGUGGCUCGGCAAGAACUAGCAGAUAUUGAGGUUGAAAUUCAAGUUAUUGUUGUGGAAUUUGAAAACAGCGGUAGCACCGUCCCACCUUUGCCAUCUCUCGAACCUGAACCUACUGUCAAGCCAGUAACUCCAACUGCAUCUUCCACAGCACCACCAACCACAGCUCCUCCAUCACCAACCACAGCGCCUCCAGUACCAACCACAGCUCCUCCGUCACCAACCACAGCUCCUCCAUCACCAACCACAGCCCCUCCAGUACCAACCACAGCUCCUCCGUCACCAACCACAGCUCCUCCAUCACCAACCACAGCCCCUCCAGUACCAACCACAGCUCCUCCGUCACCAACCACAGCUCCUCCAUCACCAACCACAACUCCUCCAUCACCAACCACAGCCCCUCCACUCCUCCAUCACCAACCACAGCUCCAUCUCCAGGAACCACCACGUGCAGUAUCACUAGAGAAUACUGUGUUACUUUUGAUCUUCUGUCUAAAUACAUUACACAACUGUUCGUUAUAUCCUUGGCAUACGUUAUAUCUAUCGACAUGGGGAAAAAAAUCCCCUGGUAAUGAUGAAUUAUUCCCAGCUAUUCCCUACAUCCGAUAUGAAAAUUACAUACCGUCAGAUGGCUGCUGCGGGGUAGCACCAAUUUCCGUUGGAGCAACAAGGAUUGUCAACGGAACGGCGGCGUCAGCGGGCGAGUACCCUUACCAAGUGGCGGUUCUAUCCACCAUCGCCGGCCAUGAGUAUCAGUGUGGAGGUUCAAUCAUCAAGGAAAGGUGGAUUCUUACUGCUGCCCAUUGCUUUUACGACCUAAGCAA